AUGGACAAAAGAGGAGGAAUUAGUGGAGGUUCGGGAUCAUCAGGAGAAGCAGAGGUGAGAAAAGGACCAUGGACGAUGGAAGAAGAUCUUAUUCUUAUCAACUAUAUUGCCAACCACGGCGAUGGCGUUUGGAACUCGCUAGCCAAAUCUGCAGGUCUAAAACGCACCGGGAAAAGUUGCCGGCUCCGGUGGCUGAACUAUCUCCGCCCUGACGUGCGACGUGGAAACAUCACGCCUGAGGAGCAACUUGUCAUCAUGGAACUUCAUGCUAAGUGGGGAAACAGGUGGUCAAAAAUCGCUAAACACCUUCCAGGAAGAACCGACAACGAGAUCAAAAAUUUCUGGAGGACAAGAAUACAAAAAUACAUCAAACAAACCGAUGUAGCAGCAACUGCAACGUCGUCCGUUGGAUCUCAGAGUUCAGAAAUCAACGAUCAAGCUGCAAGCACGUCGGGCCAUAAUGUCUUUUGUGCACAAGAUCAUGCAAUGGAGACUUAUUCUCCUACAACGACGUCGUAUCAACACACCAAUAUGGAGUUCAACUAUGGCAACUACUCUGCGCCUGUGGCUCCGGUGACUACGGCUACGACGACCUCAGAAUAUCCGGUGCCGAUGACUGUUGAUGACCAAACCGGUGAAAACUAUUGGGGCAUGGAUGAUAUCUGGUCAUCAAUGCAUCUACUCAAUGGUAACUGACUAAUCAAGUAUAGUCUCGACCGAAAACAGAAUAUGGAAUAUCACUCUGAGAUUUGUGAUUUUUAGUACUGUGAUUAGUACGUGACAUGUAUAUGGUUUUUGCCUCGUACGUUGUUUCGAGGUUUGGGGAUAUAAUUUAUAUAUUAAAAUAUUAAUGAUCAUAAUCUUUGAUAUAUAUAUUUUGAACUGUAUUGCACCCCGUUU